GGAAGUUCUACAAAAAGUUUUUAAAGAUUUCGAUUAUUUUAAGUCACUAAUUUCAACAUUUUUCAUUUCCAAAGUCGAAUGGAUUCAUCAAUAACUUGUAUGCUACAUAGAUUAGAGCGAGAUGGGUGAUUUUUGAAAUACGAUAGUCAUAUGUGUAUGGUGAGUAAGUAAAUCAAACAGAAGAUGAAGAAACAACGAGUAUUUAAGUCCAAAACUCUCUGAACUCAUAAACAGUCUAUACCCAAAAGCAAGCAAGCAAACAAGAAGAAAAUUUUUUUAAAUUAAAUAAUUCUUCAAAAUAAAUAAUUAAAGGAUUAAAGCACUUGAAAGUUUACUGAUUAUUCGUCUGUGCUAAGAAAUAAAAAAUUGUGUGAAAAAAAAUGUCUUCAAACUUCAUGAAAUUGAAACAACCAGUGCAGAUGGCUGCAUCUAUGAAAGUUCCAUCAAUGACGUCAGCAUCAUUGAUGUCAAAUUUCAAUAAAAGCGGAGCCUCAACGAAAGUAAUGAGCUUCAAGAACACACUUUAUGAACGUGCCAUUGGAAAGCAUUUAUAUAAAACAACACCAGCACAUAGCAAUCCUACAAGAUAUGGUGAUUUUGAAGUAUCAGGCAGAGUCAGCGAUUUCUAAUAUGCCGCUAACUUACUCGUCAUAUAUUUUGAUACUUAUUGAAACCUGAAUUUGACGUAGAUGUAGAUUGAUGCACUUAAAAUUAUAAAGAUAUGAUUAAUCUUUAUCUACCUACUUAUGGUUUGCAUGAAAAAGUAAUGGAAAAAUUAAAGAAAUGUAUGAGAAUAUCCAGUCAGAUGUGAUGCAGGGAAGCUUGAAUUUAAUUCGUUGGAAUUGGUGAAAUUUAUCAUCGAUAUUACUACAAAUUAGUAUACGACAAGUUCAAAGAAUAAUGUAUAAGGUCCGGAAUAUAAUAAUAAAUUAUCGGCAUGAUCGUUUUUCAUUAAAUUAAUGAAGGAUAUAAUGCUAUGUAAAUUUAUUGAGCAUGAUACAGCCAGUUAUUAAUCUUUUUUUAUAGAUUUGUUUUCCAAGUAACUUUUUUAUAUUGUUUCUAUUAAAAGUAUGUCCAUCAUGAUAGAAAAUAACAUUUUUAUAUAAGUAAUAAUGCAAUAAUGCAAUAUCAAGCUACUUGUAAGGAAAAUUAUUAUUAUUAAACUACAUAAAAGUUAUUAUGAAAGUAUGUAGCUCAUUAGAGCUUGUAAUAAAAGGUAAUGUUGAAUGAAGAAUGUAGAUCGACGAUGAAAGAAGAAAAGAAAAUAAAGACUUGCAAAAAAAUUAUAAAUAAAUCGUAUUUCUUUCUGUACAUUUUAGACUUUGAUUGACAGCUUAACGAAUAAGAAACCGGUUUUUUUUACUUUCUGAAUUAAAUGGAAUUAAAAUCAAAAUGAUCUGCAAGAUAAGAUUGGCAUUAAAGAUGAUAAGAAUACAGAGUGCAUUGAGAAUAACAAAGUUCAUAAAUGGAACAACGAGUUUACGAGACAUAACGAGGUCUAUAACUUUGUCAACACAGAUGCUACAUGAUGAUCAUCACAAAGACGAUGAGAAACUUAGUCCGAGAAUGAAGGAAUUCAAAGAGAAGCUACGAACAAAGACACCAAUUGGAAAAUUGGAUGAGAUCGAGGGUAAACAUCCAUAUCAAGAGAAAGAACCAUUGGAAGCAUGGCCUGAUAACACCAAUCCAAAAACUGGAGAAGUUGGAGGACCUAAAGGACCAGAACCAACGAGAUAUGGCGAUUGGGAACGAAAGGGAAGAGUAAGUGACUUUUAGAGCUGUAUUUACAAACAGAAUCUUUAUUUAGGAAAUGAACGAAUAAAUUUACAUGCUAAUAAAAAUGAUGAUUUAUGUCCUUUAAAGCUAAGAUUCUAUUUCUUUCC